AUGCCCUCUGCGAUCCAACCGCCCCGGCCGCUUCCUGUUUAUUUCAUCGGCCAUGCCGGUGUUGGCCUGCUCUUCAGGGAGGACGAUAACAACCCUACUGUGCAAAAUAAUUUGAAAGCAAUAGGCGAUGAGAUUCGGGCCAUCUCGCCGCCGCCCAAGGCAAUCAUAACGUUCAGCGGUCACUUUGAAGCCGGCGAGAUUCAUGGCCCUGGUGUGAUCGAGGUCAACGUAAAAAGAAACACUCAUAUCCAACACGAUUUUGUCAAUGACUUCCACGACUCCAAGCCUUUCGUCUACGAGUAUGACUGGCCUCACCGCGACGCGCCUGAGCUGGCCGCGGAAGUUUGGAACCAUCUGCGAGAAGCAGGAAUCAAAGCGAAGCGUGUGGAACGCGGUGUGGACCAUGGCAUCUGGGUGCCAUUCAAAGUGAUGUUCCCACCCGAUCAGCCGCUUGAGAUACCCAUCAUCCAGGUGUCCACGUUUUAUGGCUACGAUCUGGAUAGCCAGAUUCGCCUCGGAGAAGCCUUGCAGUCUCUACGUGGUGAGGGAUAUCUCAUCGUGGGCUCUGGCAUGGCUGUGCACUCUUUUGCCUCUAUAGGAGAGAUCCAUCAAGCGGGAUCAGAGCAAGAGAGAAAGGAUACUACAGAGAAGGUCUUGGCAGAGUCGAGGACUUUCGACACUCAGCUCCAGACCGCCGUGAUAAAGAGGGAUGCAGCCGAAAGGAAGGCGGCAUUGCUCAAGCUGGAGUCACUGUAUGAGUUCAAGCGCUCACAUCCUACCGUCGAGCACUUCACACCUCUUCUGGUAGCAGCUGGAGCAGCGGGAGAUGCAGACGUGGAGCCUGUUGGCAAAGAUGUUGUAGAGCCAGGCAUGUCUUACCUAAAUAUCCGAUUCAGGUAA